AAUUUGGUGUGCGAGACGCAAUCGUUGUUGUUAUUGUUACCCUCGGUGACGGUCUUCGGCAUCUGACACUACUGCCUUCAGCCGGUGCACGAUAGCGAAGUGCCUCCUUCCUCCGGCACACGGUAGCUGUCCUCGGCUUCCCCGAAGGAACCCUAAGUCUCUCUCUCUCUCUCUCGAUCCAAACCUUAGCCCUAACGAUCGGGUCGGGAGAGGAAUGUCCAAGGCGUGGGGCGGCGUCGGCGCGUGGGCGCUCGACGCGGAGCGCGCGGAGGCAGAGGAGCGCGAGAGGCAGGCGGAGGAGCCGCUUCCGGUGAGCUCUCACGUCGCCAGUGAGCCAGACCAGAAUUUCCCCAGUCUGAAGGAUGCGGCCUCCUCGAGGCAUAAGAAGAAGAAGCCCACCGCUAUGUCCUACGCACAGUUUGCCGCGGGAAGCUUCGGCGGUGGAGCCGGCAGCGGCCGCCGAGACCUGUCCUUCCAGUCGAAGGGUCUCACCCCCGAUGAGAAGCUCGACCUCCCCACCGGUCCCAGGGAACGAUCGCAGGAGGAGCUCGAGUACGGUCGACUUGGCGGCGGAUUCAGGACGUAUGGUGGUGGUGGCGGAGGUGGCCCCCGCGGAGGAUUCCCGGGCCGUAGGGCUGACGAUGGCGAUGGCGAUGGUUCGUGGGGCGGCGCCGGUAGUGGAAGGAGGGGCUACGGUGGUUUCGAUGACGAGCAACGGAGGGGUCUGCCUGCUAGGGUUUCUGAUUUUGACCAGCCAUCUAGAGCCGAUGAAGUCGAUAACUGGGGCAUUGGAAAGAAAUCGUUUGUUCCUCCGCUGACUGAGGGUAGGCGGCGUGAUUCCUAUAGCUUCCUGGGUGAUGGCAGUUCAUCUAGGGCUGAUGAGGUAGGUCACUGGUCAACUGCGAAGAAGCCACUCCCAUCCAAGUACCCAGGCUUUGGCUCAGGGUUUGGGGAUUCUCGUGCUUUAUCUGGUUCUGAUCGAUGGGGAACGAGUAGAGAAGGAGCAAUACAGGACGGUCAAGGGAGGCAAAAACUUGUUUUAGAUCCACCAAAGAGGGAUGCUGCUGCACCAAGCGAGCCUGCGAGGACUCGGCCAAGCCCUUUUGGAGCUGCGCGUCCUAGGGAGGACGUUUUGGCAGAGAAAGGAUUGGACUGGAGGAGCAUGGACUCUGAGAUUGAGAUCAAGAAGACCAGCAGGCCUGCUAGUUCACAUUCUAGCCGACCUUCUAGUGCACAAUCAAGCAGGCCUGUGAGUCCGGGAUUGCAAUCAGGAGCUGCUGCAGCUGAGGUAAUAGUUAAACAUGGACCGAGGGUGAACCCGUUUGGAAAUGCAAAGCCCCGGGAGGUUCUGUUGCAGGAAAAGGGAAUAGAUUGGAGGAAAAUUGACAGGGAGCUGGAGCAUCGGAGUGUGGAAAGAUCUGAGACUGACGAAGAAAAGCUACUAAAAGAAGAGAUCAAUUACCUGAAGACAUCGAAAAAAAACCCUGAGGGAUUAUCUUCUGAAGAAUUAUCCAACCUUGAUAAGGAAAUAGCAAAGAAGGCAAAAAAUCUAGAGGAUCUAACGCGUUUGUUGAAUGACAAGGUUCGAUUUGGUCAAAAAGCCACAACCAUUAGACCGGGACAUGGUGCUGACCGGAGUGAUACAUCAUCCACAAGACCACCAUCUCGAUCUGGUAUGUCUGAUGGUUCUAGGAGCAUCGAGUUUGUUGAGUCCGUUGACAGACCACAGUCACGUGACGGGAUUGGAGAUGCAUGGGAAAAGACAAUGAAUGACAGACGAGAGUUUCGACAUGGAAGGGAUAAAGGCUUCUUUGACAAAAGAAACGGGGACAGCCAUCUCAGGUCAAAUUCUAGGGAACGGUGGUGAAUGUUGUCGUUGUCGAUUCAUUGGGUUCGAUGACAACAAAGACAAUAGGACUCAGUUUAUUUAAUCCCCUUUCUCUGGUUGAUUCUUUGGCCAUGAAACUCGAAUAGCCAUGAGAAUCUUUUCAUCAUUGCCGCACUGUUGCGGUGUAAGGUUUAAGUUUUUUCUCAUGUCAAGGCAAGCAGCAUCCUAAUCUUAUAGAAUGUUGAAUCUCUUAAUCAUCAAUGCUUGAAUGAUGUUUCUUCUGAAUUGAAGCAA